AUGUCGUGUAGUAUAAGUUAGAAAUAAGAUUCUUUUAGUAAUUAAGAUCCAAUUGAAAAAUUAAGUCAAAGAAUUUCUAAGAAAGAAUAAAUGGAAAUGAAAAGAUAAUUAGAUGUUAUGAUUAAUAGAGUAAAAAUGUUGGAAGUAUUUCGAUAACGAUUGUAACUUUUCUGAGUAUUUAGAUAAGGGAAACAGAUAUAAAGUGAAAUAAAAAAUGAACAAGUAAAUAGCAUUAGAAAUUAGUAUAAUGAAUACUUGAAGUAGGUAUUUAAUGAGUAAUCUAUUUAGUAAAGUAAACAUAAAGAAUCUAGGGAGUAAUCUCUGGAACUAUUUAGGGAAAAAACUAAGCUUUUGAAACAAUAACAAUAAUCACUAAGAGUUUAAAUUAGAUAAAGUGUGCAAUAAUAAAAGAAGGAAUAAUUUGAGUUAAUGAAAAAAUAAUCGUUGAAUCAUGAUAAAGUUAUAAUUCUCUAAAAAGAAAGAUCAAAAUCAUAUAAUGUUGAGAAGAAAUAAAGAGUUCAAUAAUAUGAAUAGUAAUAACAAUUAAACUUGGCUAUGUACAAAUAAUAAAAAUAAAAUUAAUUUAAAUCAUAACACAAAAAAGCAGUUCUUGAUAGCUUUAGAAAAAAAGCUUAAGAUUUUAUGAAAAUACAAUAAUUAUGGGAACAAGAAUAGGAUAUUUUGGAUUUAUUAAAUGAUUCUAAUCAUUCUAGAUUGACUAAUUCAAUAAUUAAAAACUGA